GUGGUUCUCUUUUCUGUGCAAGUAUAAAAAUCUAAAUUGUCUUAUUUAAAAGUCCAUCAAAAGCGAAAAAAGACGAAAAAAAAUGAGCUCCAAAGCUGUUCCUCUCGACGUUUGGGUUCAUAUGGAGAAGCCCCCGUAUGAUCCGAUCAUGUCCCUCGACAAAUCCGCCAGGGACGCGGAGGAGCCCAAAGCCAAUCUUGUGAUCGGCGCCUACCGAGAUGAAGAAGGUAAACCUUAUCCCUUCAAAGUCGUACGCAAGGCGGAUCGCAUGCUGAUGGAUCAAAAUCUUAAUUAUGAGUACCUCCCAAUGGCCGGAAACGAAGAAUUUGUGGACGCCGCGAUGGAGCUGUUGUACGCUGAUUCGGCCAAACGAGAGAACCUGGCGGCGGUACAGACGGUUGGCGGUACUGGAGCCGUUUACGUGGGCGCUCAACUGAUGAGUUACAUCUUCGACAAGACGACGAAACCAGUUUACAUCCCCUCCCCCACAUGGCCAAACCACCCUUCCAUCUUCCAUUUCACCGGGUGGACGACGAAGACAUAUCGCUACCUCGAUACUAAGACGAUCGGUCUGGAUUUCCAAGGGAUGAAGGAGGAUAUCCAGAACGCUCCUGACGGUUCGAUCAUCCUGGUGCACCUUUGCGCGCACAACCCCACCGGCAUCGAUCCCUCCCACGCUCAGUGGGAUGAGCUUGUCGAGAUUUUCCUCGCCAAACGCCACUUCGCCUUUUUUGAUGCCGCCUACCACGGAUUCGCAACCGGAAGCGUUGAUCAAGAUGCGUACGCGUUACGUCUGUUCACCCGGCGGGGGGUUCAAAAUGUCUGUUCGCAGUCGUUUUCCAAAAACACUGGCCUCUAUGGCGAGCGUAUUGGCACCUUAUCGGUCGUGCUCAAAGAUAAGUCGCAGGUGCCUGAUGUCAAGGGUAAAAUUGAGUUCAUCAUUCGCAGGUGUUAUACCACCCCACCUAUUCACGGCGCUCGACUUGUGCACUUGAUCCUCACCAACCAAGAGCUCCGUAAAGAAUGGGAAGAGGAACUGAAGGUGGUCUCUGCGCGUAUCAGAACUAUGCGUCAGCUUCUCUACGAUAAUCUUAAAGAGCUUGGGACCCCUGGCUCAUGGGAACAUAUUCUCAGCCAAAUCGGUUUGUUUUCUUUACUCGGACUCACUAAAGAGCAGUGCGACUAUUGCAUAUCUCAUAAUGUAUUUAUUACACAAACGGGGCGAGCAAAUAUGGCAGGCUUAACCGAACGAACUGUGAAACUUCUGGCGAAGACUAUUGAUGAUGCUAUAAGGCUUAAGAAAUAAAUACAUCUAAAAAUUAUAUUGUAGUUAUUGUAAUUAAAUAUUUUUGUUGGUUUAAACAUAAUAAAUUGACCUAUGGGCAACGCAAAUCAAUAUUUUCUAAGUAGUACAAAAAAAUAGGGAUCCAUAUAACUUAAUUGUAGAAGAAUUCAGACGCAAAACUGAGCAUUAA